AUGUUCAAAGAACAAAGUCAAGAUCGGAAUAUUGAUGAUAUUGAUUGUAAUAAUUCAACUUCUUCGGAUCGAUUGAUUAAAGCUAAAAUCAAUUCGAUGAUAUCGAAAUCAAAAAAAUUAAUUAAUAUAUCUGAUAUUAAGAAAAAGUCUGAUGAAAUAAAUGUAUCACAGAAUGAAGAAAGAACUGAGUGUCAAAACACUGAAAGGCAACUUGACGAUGAAACUAUCACGACUAAAUUUAGUAUUAGUGGUGUCACUACUAACAAUAAUAUUAGUAGUAUUGAUGGUUGUACUGAAAUUAAAAGUUAUGGUGAUAAUGAUAAUGAGUUUCACAAUCCGAUCAAGAAUGAAGCAACAAGUAAUCAUUGCCAACACCAACAUCAAAAUAAUCACCAUAAAAAUGAAAUUAAUGCAACAAAUGAGGAAAUUCCAGUUUCACCGAGUAGUCUCACAGGUCAAUCCAGUAGUUUUUCUCAUUUGAAUACAUCAUCUCCAAUAUCAUAUGGUGAUGAAAUGAAUUCCAUUCCUGUAACCAGUUCAAUAGAUGAUUUACUUAGUUUAGAUCAAUAUGAUCAAGAUGACAGUAUAUUGAAGGAUUUUUCAUCACAAAAUCAGUAUUCCGUUGAUAGAACAACUAAUUCAAGUUUGGAAAGAUGGUUAUCACAAUCUGAAUUACUGAGGUGCAAUACAAGAGUAAAACAGCAUUUUCCAAGAGAUGGUUAUUUCUGGUCAGUCGCAUUAUUUAUCAAACUUGGUACGAAAUUAGUCCCCACUAGCCCAAAAGGUAAAACUAAUCCAUAUGUAAAAAUCAAACACAAUGGAAGUGUUUUAGCUAGAAGUCGAAUGAUUCCAAAUAGUUGUAAUCCUAUAUGGGAUGAAAAAUUUUGGUUUCGUUUAUGGAGCUUAGAUACGCCAAUAGAGUUGAAGGUCUAUCAUCGUGAUCCAUUUAAAAAGGAUUCUUACAUUGGUCGGACGCAAUUCGGGCUAGUGGAUUUAGAUUUAGACAAAGAAUAUGAAUUUUUAUCAAAAUUAGAAAAUGAUCUCAAUAAAAGUAUGAAUUCAGGUGAAGUUAAAUUCUAUGUAACAUUAAGUGAAAUUAGUGAAACUUUUAUUGAUAAUUCAGAGUGUAAAAAAUUGAAAAAGAAAAUGAAAGAAGAAAAAUCUCGUGUAUUUGCUACGGAAUUCUCAUCACAAAUUCCUGCUACAACCACAUCAACGCUCACUCAAUCUGAUAAUUAUUCUGUCGCAGAAAAUAUCGAUGUACCAACUUUACGUUCAGGAAUUAUUAAUAAUUCAGUUACACGUUCUCAGCAAUAUAAUCCACAAUCUAAUCAGUCAAACCAUGAUUCAACAGAAAUCGUGGAUUUCAUAGAAGACUUACAAAACGAUGAUGGGCAACCAAAUUUAUCAAAACAAGGAGACAAAUCUUUACAAAAUCGUGUUGAAGACAACUGGACGGAACGAAAUCAAUCUUUACUACCUCAACCUAAAUGGCCGUAUAAUUUUUAUGAAGGUACUAGCCUAGAGUUGUACACUAGCAAAUGUCAAGGUGAUACGAAUGAAAGUAUUGAUAAACUAUAUACAUUGAAUAAUGAAAUACAAAUGGAGAGUUUGUUUCAACAAUCCCGUUUAAUAGUUACGUUGGUCGGUGCAAAAAAUUUAAAAGUACGAACUAAACUAAAGAAUGUUGUUGCUGUCAGUGAGGCCGAUACUUGUAAAGCACCACGUGGUCGAUCAACAAGAAGCCAUCCAGAUCAUACACUAAAUGGUUUAGAUGAAGAAAAAAACAAUUUACCUUGUCCAACAGUGUUUUUAACUGUUGGGACCAAAACACAUCAAAGUAAAGUUGUAAUGCAUACAAAAAAUCCAUUAUGGAAUGAACGAUUUGAAUUUCGUGUUCGUCCUGGAAUGAGAACAGUACUUCAGUGUGAAGUAUUUGAUGACUCACAUCAAAAUACCAAUCUUCUCGGUCGAUUUUAUUUAGAUUUUUCGAAAAUUGUCCUUGACUGGACAACAUGUUUCACACUGAAUAAUCAAGAUGGUCGAGGUCAUGGUGAAUUACAUAUUUUAGCUACAAUGACCGGAUUAUUUCCAAUUUGCAAUGCCACUAUUCCUAGAACAUUUUCAUCAGAUCAGUUAAAAUUAGAAACUGAUUCAAUUUAUGGUGAUUUGUCUAAAGAAUCUAUUUCGAAAAGCACAUUAGAUCAAAUAGCUGAAUAUUAUAAAUACACUUCGAAAUGGUCAGAUGUUGGCUGGUUACAUAUUGUUGUAAAUCGAGCGUCUAAUUUACCAGCAAAAGAUCGAAGUGGAAAAUCUAAUGUUUUCUGUGAAAUAAGACUUGUUAAUCGAGUUGUACGAACAUUCACAGCACAAAAGAAUGCUAAUCCUGCAUGGAAUCAAGCAUUUGUAUUUCCAAUUGAAGAUAUGUAUUCUGUUUUGGAAGUAUAUGUCUAUGAAGAAGGCAAAGAGUCAUCUGAAUUAACAGGAUGUAUUUCAUUUCCGCUCAUACAACUUGUUAAUCGUAGACAGAAAUGGUAUGCAUUAAAAGACAAAUCAUUGACUACAUUAGCUAAAGGUUCUAUUCUACUACAGACUAUUAUUAUUUUCAAUCCUCUUAAAGCUUCAAUUCGUGCAUUAUAUCCUAAAGAAAAACGUCUAUUUGUUGAAGAUAGUAAAGUUAAACUACGGGAUUUUACAAAGAAGCAUUUACCUCUCUUACAACGCAAUAUUGAUCGUCUUACACCGUAUAUAGAUUAUAUAAAAAAAAGUGGACAAGCUUUCAUAAACUUUAUUCAUGGGAAAGACCAUUUGUAUCAUUAA